AUGCGCUGUGCAAACCUGCGGGCCGGCACGAGAUAUGCCAGCAGCGGACGUCGGUGUCGCGCGGCCGCAGUGAACCACGGCGCAUACCGGCGCACGCCGCCCAGAGGGAUAUUGCGUCGUCGGCGCCGGCGUUUUAAUUACGGCCGCCUCGGGCGACGCGGGCAGCGCGGACCCCGCUCUGGCCGGCUCUCGGCCGCCGCUAACUCGCGCUGCCGCACAGAUUCUGCGGACGGGUCCGCACUGCUCCGGGAGCGCUGCACCAGUCAUUCGGCGCAUCUGCGAGACAGUUUCAGUCGAGAGCUGCGCGUCUCCUCCGUCCUCUGCUAUGCUGCUGUCCGCUACGAGAUCGAGGCGGGCAACGAAGGCGGCGCCUUCUCCAUAGACGCCACCACGGGGCGCGUCGUGGUGGCUGGACAACUCGAUUACGAAAAGCGCAAAAUGUACGAGCUGCGGCUGGCCGCAUCGCGGGGACGCGAGGCAUCGACAGCGCCGGCCGUGUCCCGGGCAGAGCUCGUGGUGACGCUGCUGGACGCCAACGACCUGCCGCCGGUCUUCCAGCAGCCCGUGUACCGCGCAGAGCUGCAGGAGGAGGAGGACCCCGCCCACCUGCCCAGGAGGAUACUCACGGUGAAGGCUGUGGACGGCGACGUGGAGCGUUCACAAGACGUGGUGUAUUCCAUCUCGGGGCCAGGAGUCGCUCUUGAUGGAAGUGAUGAUGGAUACUUUCGAGUGGACGCCAACACAGGCGACGUGUUCGUCCUUACGCCUCUGGACCGCGACCCCCCGGAAGGCCGCCCCCUGUGGCGGUUCACGGCGUUCGCGCAAGACGAGGGCGGCGCUGGACUGGUGGGCUAUGCGGACGUGCAGGUCGCCCUCACCGACGUCAACGACAACGCGCCCACCUUCCCGCAGCAGCUCUACCACGGACAAGUCAUCGAAAACGCGCCAGCAGGUACGAUCAUCCUGAAUGUGACAGCAGUGGACAACGACGAUCCUUAUGAGGGAAGCAACGCGAGGGUCAGAUAUUCCAUUGAGAAGAACGCUGUGGAUGAGGACACGGACUCGGCCAUAUUUAAAAUUGACGUAGACACUGGCGAAGUAUCGACUGCAAUCUGUUGCCUGGACCGCGAGCGCACGCCUGGUUACUCCAUCCAGGUGGUCGCCACAGACGGAGGGGGACUCCAAGGAACUGCUACCAUAUCAAUUUCAGUGAGGGAUGUUAACGAUACGCCGCCGGAAUUCUCGAAGGAUGAAUGGUUUGUAGAAGUUGAUGAAACAGACGGCGAUAAUCUACCACAAAAACCUAUCCUCACAGUGACUGUACGGGACCAAGAUGAGCAAAACGCGUUUCAGUAUGAGGUAAUAGCAAACAGUGGUUACGGAGCAAAUAAAUUUGCACUUGUGCGAAACAAUGACGGAACUGGUUCGUUGAAAGUGGUUAAGCCACUGGAUUAUGAAGACGUCCAUGGUAACGUUCUGAGAUUCAAAAUUCAAGUCACUGACAUGAAUGAGAAUGAUACGACGGAACAGCAUCACACGACCUAUUCGUGGGUUUCUGUCAAGCUCAGGGACAUCAACGACAACGCCCCAGUAUUUGACCAUUCCAGCUCUGAGGUUACAGUGCCAGAGGACACGGCAGUUGGAAAAGUAAUUGCGGCAUUUGAAGCAAAAGACGCAGACCAGGAUGGAAAGAGCGGCGUAACUUACUCCAUAGAUCACAGCUCCAACAGUGGAAGACACUUCCACGUAAACCGUUUUGGACAGGUGCUUGUCCAGAGAGAACUGGACAGGGAAGAAACUGCUAGGCAUACGGUGAAGAUUUUAGCAGUAGAUGAUGGAACACAUGCAAAGACAUCCACAGCAACAUUGACAGUAAUUGUUGAAGAUGUUAAUGAUAAUGCUCCUCAUCUUUUAGAAAAUUAUGAGGCCAUUUUGUCUGAACAUACUUCUCCUACAGAAAUACUAGAAAUAUUUGGAGCUGAUGCUGAUGACUAUUCCAGAAAUAAUGGACCUCCUUUCACCUUUCGGCUGCAUCCCAGUGCAAAUGAUCAAAUAAGAUCAUCAUUUGCUGUGUAUUUUGAUCGCAAGGGCCCAAACAGCCAUGGAUCAGCAAUAAUAACAUCACUAAGGUCAUUUGAUCGAGAGGAAAAGAAAGAAUAUUUCAUACCAAUACUGGUGACAGAUUCCGGUUACCCACCGCUGACAGGAACAACUACUGUAAGAAUUGUUAUUGGUGAUAUCAAUGACAAUAAAAUGAAACCUGGGAGAAAAAAUAUACAAGUUUACAAAUACCAGGAUCAAACUCCAGAAACAGAUAUUGGAAGGAUAUAUGUUCAAGAUCCAGAUGACUGGGAUUUACCCGACAAGAAAUUCUACUGGCUAGCAGAUGAACAUCAUAGAUUUAAAGUUAACGAAGCCUCAGGAAUGAUUACAAUGAAAUACAACACACCAGAAGGGAUAUACAAUUUGGCAUUCAGAGUAUCUGAUCACAGACAUUCACAAAACAAUGUUUCAGCAACUGUGACUGUUACUGUGAAGCAGAUUCCCGUUGAUGCCAUAAUCAGUUGUGGUUCUGUAAGAAUUUCACAUCUUUCUGAUGAAGACUUCAUUAAGGAAUGGAACAACAUGGUAAAUAAAUUGCAGGAAAGUAAGGCAGAACGAUUUAAGCAAGCCUUGUCAGAAGUUCUGAAUACUGAAAAGAAAAAUCUUGACAUAUUCAGUGUAAAGCAACAUAGAAGAACAAUACCUAUGUUGGACAUCUUCUUUUCUGUAAAAGAUUCAAGAUAUGACAACCCUGAAAAGAUAAAUGGGCUACUUCAAGUACAUAAAGCAGAGUACUACUUCCAUUCUUUAUCCAGGUGUUCUUGCCCAGAUGGAUAUGAGGGGCCACGUUGCCAACAGAUGGGAAUAAGUUUCCAAGGUGGUGGCUGGGCUUGGUUUCAGGCAAUUCAUCCACAAGCUGAAAAUCACAUUAGUCUUGAAUUCCUCACAAAUAAAGAUCAUGGUUUACUAUUUUACAAUGGCCCAUUGUCUUCUGUCAUAAUAGAUGAAGUUAUUAUGUCAGACUAUAUUGCACUGGAGCUACAAGAUGGUAAACCAAGACUGCUUCUUCAUUUUGGAUACAGUACUACUGAGUUAUUUAUAAAAGUAAAGAAAAAGUUGAAUGAUGGAAUGUGGCAUCAAAUGGAUUUAUUCUGGAAUUCAGAGUAUGUUCAUCUCAUAUUGGAUUAUUGUAAAUCAGCUGAUGUUAGGGAAACAAAAAACAUGACAACAUCAUUUUUCAAUGGAACAAGUUGCCUGGUUAAGGGGAAAUUACCCAUACUUGGAGGACACCUGACUUUAAACAGCCCUCUGCAGAUUGGUGGCAUUUACUGGGAUGAAACAUCACAGGAAACACUUAAAUGGAAUGCAAGUCCAAAUGCUGUUGGCUUCACAGGAUGUAUAAGGAAUCUUUAUUACAAUGGACAGAGCAAAAUGCCUCGGACCUUUGGAGGUGACGGAGUCCCACCUCUAACUGACAAACCAGGGACUCCUAAGAUACGACUUGGCAAACAAAUGGUAAUGAGAUGGGGAGCUAUUAAUAUCAAUGGGGGCUACUCUGGGAAGAAGAUAGAGCUGGCAGAGGCUGCAAGUAAGAUGGGGCUGUAUGUUUUAGCUGUUAGUGACAUUCGGGUAAGGGGUGAGAAAGAAGAGGAAGUGGGAGAAUACAAGGUCUACCUGUCAGGAGUCAAAGCAGGAAUAGCACAAUGCGGUGUAGGGCUUUACAUGAGGAAAGAAAUUGAACCCAGCGUAGUUGCAAUAAGGUAUGUAAAUGAACGACUGAUGUGGAUAGAUUUGACAGUGUCUAGCAAGAAAAUUAGGAUUGUGUCAGUAUAUUCACAUUGUGAAGGAACAGAUCAAGAUAAGAUGGGUAGUUUUUAUGAGGCACUCAGUGAUGUAGUUGUUAGAGUAAAGGACAAGGACAGUGUUCUGCUCAUGGGUGAUUUUAACACCAGGAUUGGAAAUCGAACAGAAGGGUAUGAAAAGGUUAUGGGUAAAUUUGGAGAGGAUAUGGAGGCCAACAGGAACGGGAAACAACUCUUGGAUUUCUGUGCCAGUAUGGGCUUAAUUUUGGACUUGUCUGAUGUACUGCUGUCAUUGGGCACAGUAACUGGUUGUUCUCAUACAAAGCCUGCAUGCAGCAAUCUGGACUGCUCUGGACAUGGGACAUGCCAAGCAGACCUUACAGCCAGAGAACCAUGGUGUUGGUGUGAUGCUGGGUGGAGGGGUCCAAGUUGCUCUUCACCAACUCAACCUGUCACAUUUCUACCUCACAGUUACGUCAAGUUUGCACUCUCAUUUGAAAUUGGGCACUUCACAACUUUUAUCCAGCUCAGAUUCAGGACAGAGGAAAAGGAUGGUGAAUUAUUUGGUCUGUCUGAUCAACAGUCUCUGGAGUAUGCCAUCCUUGAGAUACAACACGGAUAUUUAUAUUUUCGUUAUAACUUGAAUAGUAAACGCAUUGAAGAAAAAAGUAUCUGCUUAUGUUAUAUUUCUGUUGAUGAUGGAUACUGGCACAUGGUAAAGGUUUCACGAUAUGGUUCAUUGUCAAUAUUGCAACUGGAUGAUGGCGAAUUCUUAAGACGCAAUCAGACCUCAUUUUUUGAGGGGCAUCAGUGGCUCAUAAUUGACAAACAAGAAGGUGCUCAUGCUGGUGGGAGGGCAGAGAAUACAGGCAUAAAUACGAUAGAAGUUUACUCUGACUACAGGAAUGGCUGUGUGGAUGAUAUUCGCCUCAAUGGAAGGAUUCUUCCCUUGCCUCCAGCUGCCAACAUCACUCAAUGGGGACAAGCAACAGUGGCUCUUAAUUUGGAAUUUGGUUGCAGUUUUUCUACAGACUGUAGCUUUACAAUUUGUACAGAACCAACAAAGUGCAGUGACACAUUAAAACAACACAAAUGUGUGUGCAGUGAUGCUCAGAUUUUAGCUGCAACCAGUAAGGAUUGCACUGAGAAAGACUGUGCAAGUACCUCUUGUGGUAAUACUGAGAACUGUCUGAAUCUUCAUUCCAAGUUCUAUUAUGAA